AUGAGGGCUGUGCGGUCCCUGGCUCUGCGUUCCACCGAGGUCUGGACAUGGGGGUGGUGCGUCACCUCCUCCGUCACCCCCAGGGGGGAUUACACCUGCACCUUCACUUACUCAGCUCAGGGAGGAACGAACGAGCAAUGGCAAAUGAACAUUGGAGUCAGUGAAGACAACCUGCUCUUCUCCUGCUCCGUCUGGAGGCCUCAAGGGAAGUCUUAUCUCUUCUUUACCCAGUUUAAAGCUGAAGUGAAAGGAGCCAAGAUAGAGUAUGCCAUGGCUUAUUCUCAAGCUGCGGGUGGACAAAGCGACAUCCCCUUAAAACAGGAAGAAUUUGAAAUCACCGAAACAACAGUGUCUCACAGAGAAGGCAAGUUCCGUUUUGAACUGUCCAAACUCAUGAUUGUAGCAAAAACGCCUCGUGACGAGCUGUGA